ACAGCGCGCUGUGUAAUCAAGCGCGGAAGUACCGCGGGGGAAUUCCUCGACAGUCUGCCCCUGUCUGAGCUUCUGUAGAUACUUUUAAUCUGAUUUACUUGGUCAAUCUUGAUACUGCCAGCCCGGGGAGAUUGAAGAUGUUGGCCGAGCUGUGCGCCUGUGGUUGAAUAUUUACCGGGCCGUGUUGUUUUGGCAGAUGUCAUCCGGAUUGUCUCCUUAAAGCGGAUAUGUGUUAGCGCAGAGUUAAAACACUGUUGACGGGUUAAAGAAGAGCCAUGGUCCAGCCGCAGCCGUCAGGGGGUUGCACUCUGCAGCAGGAGCUGACUGGAGAGGAAACUGUUGGGGCCGGCGGUCAGGGGUCACUGAUGGCCAGUUCACAGGGAUCUCUGAGGGUCCCUCCUGAAUUAGCAGGAAAUGAGGUGGUUCACCGACUCCUCACAGAUAAUAACCAGCUUCGAGAGGUGCUGAAGCGAAGCAAUGAUGCUCUAAAGGAGAGAUGUGAAGAAAUGGCGGGAUGGCAGAGGAGGUCUAGGGAGGAACGAGAGUUCCUGAGUUGUAGAUUUCGUGAGGCCAGAGCCCUAGUGCAGCGACUGGUGCAGGAAAACCAGAGCUUGUUAGGGCAGCUCAACCACACUAUCAGUCAAACAGGAAGUCAAAGUGUUGACUUCUCUAAAGAGACUGGAAGUCAAGGUCAGGCCCAAGAGCUAAAGUGCACUAAUACAGAAAAAAAUGCCCUCAUGGACACACCAGAAUUAUUAAAUGAAGCUGCUCUGACAGAUCGAGCUGAAGGAGACACUGACAGACACACAAUCCCACAAAGUUUGCCUGCUGAGGGCUCUAAUGAAUUUCUAAAACUGCUAAAAAGCCACAAAGAGAAGAUGGAUGAAGGGAUGAGAGCACUGAGGAGGAGGAAUGAGGAACUGGAGAAGGAGAAAACAGAAAGUGAAAAAGAGAGGGAAAACCUUCUCGCCACCGUGGAGCAGUUACGCUCCAAACUUGCUCAGAAUAGUGCUGUUUCUGAAGAGUCAGUGCAACAGACGUGCACUCUAACUGUUCCUGCAGAAAGAUACAGGGAGCUCCAGGAGAAGCUGGACUGCCUUCAGAAGAACUCUGUUCAGAGAGACAGAACUGAAGCUCUUCUCAAACAGAAGGAGAAGGACUUCGUUCAGCUGACAAAGGAGAGUGAAGCUCUGAGAGCUCAAGUCACGUCUCUUUUCGGUGAGCUAAAUGAACGACAAAACUGGCUAGAGAAGAGUGAAGCAGAGAGACGACAUUUAGAGGAUAAGCUGGGCAAGAAGACAGAACGCUUGCAGACUUUAGAGCGAGAGAUAGAGCAGCAGAAAAAGCAGCACAGUGUGACGGUGGACAAUCUUCUGCUGCAGACACAGAACCUGGAAACUGCACUGAAGAACGAGAGGCUCGUCAUCGUAGAGGAGAGGAGGAAGCUGGCCCAGCUCCAGCAUGCAUACACAUGCCUGUUUCAGGAUUACGACAACAAGCUUAAAAGUGAAAAGCAAGCUAAUCACCGGAGCGGUGAGGCAGAUACACUGGCUAACAGGUUAGCAGAGGCAGAGAAAGCUCUCGCUUUGAAACAGGACCUCAUCGAUAAACUCAAGGAAGAAACUGAGCAGCUGAGAGCUACUUUAGAGACUAUACCAGUGCUAACUGCUCAGGCGGAGAUCUACAAAAUGGACUUUCUGGCUGAGAGGGAAGCCAGAGAGAAACUGAAUCAGAAGAAAGAGGAGCUGCAGGAGGAGCUUACAAAGGCAAUGGCCGAGAUAGAUAGACUCAAACUGGAGGGAACCUCACGAGCUCGCAUAGAGGAGAUGCAACAGAGGCAUUUGGAGGACUACAGGCCUCGACCACUUCUCCCACCUGCAGCUGCACCCUUCCAAGGAGCAGCCAUGUUCAACCCAGCCCAACCUCCAUCUGCACGCAGAAGAGAAGACGAUCAAGAAGAGCUGCCUGAUUAUCGCUGCCCCAAAUGUAUGUACAAGGCUCCGGACAUGGACACCCUGCAAAUUCACGUCAUGGACUGUAUCCAGUGAGAGGAUGAGAGGUUCAGGUGUUCUCUUAACAUCUGUGUGAACUCUUUUAAAAAAUAAAAAAAAAGACACCUAGAACAUGCUAAAGACAAGAAGACGAGAACAAUCUGAAAACAUUGAACAUUUGCUUCUGCUGCAGAGUGACUUGUUAAAGUAGACACAUAGCAGAUAUUUUUAUCUUUGUGGUUAUAGAGCUGCCACCAUGUUCCAGUACAUUUAGUGUAGGUAAAGCUCAUCUGUGCUGCCUUUCUGUGUCUGCAUAGUCUAAUGUACUGCAUGUGUGAUUGUUUGUGUCUGCUUUACGUCUGCACACAUCUGACAGUGACAAUGUUUCUUUUAUACCUGUGGUAUUUGUUUCUCUGGAUGUAUGCUCUCUUGAGGAUUCAUGCUGGCCUGUAUUAAUAUUGUGUAAUAUUAGCCAAAGUGAAUAUGGAAAAAACAACUUUGUACAGACUAUUGUUAUGGAGAAAUUUAAAGAAAUAAAAGUAUGAAUGUUAUGAACA